CGUUUUACAACCAUAGAGAUGGAUAGAGGACUCCUCUUUAUAUUUGUUCCACUACGGCAUCUGUGACAGCGCCAUUGAGGCUACAACCCAUAGGAAGCCCCACCCAAUUAACUACUUUAAAAUAUCGGAAGCAUGGCGGAAGCCCUCGAUGGCGCUGCCCAUGCUAAAGUUCAUGCUAAAAUUACCUUUUGGCCACUAGAGGUCUCUAUCCUUUUCUAUGGCGACAACACCAACUUGUUUUGAUACAGCAUCUAGCUACCGUUAGCUGGUGAAUUCAGAAAACAGUAUGCCCGGGGCUGACAAGGAAGCAGAUUUGACAGAGCGAAUUGAGGCUUUUCUGGCCGAUUUGAAGCGGGGAGGUUGUGGGACAGGACCGAUCCGAGGGUCGGGAGAAACCGCCAGAGAAACCACAGCUCUGCUCCGGAAAGUAACAGCCCAGGCACGAUGGAGCAGCGCAGGCGACCUGAUGGAAAUCAUUCGCAAGGAAGGGAGGAGAAUGACAGCCGCCCAGCCGUCUGAGACCACGGUGGGCAACAUGGUACUGCGCGUCCUUAAGAUCAUUAGGGAGGAGUAUGCCAGGUCUCGUGGUAGCAGCGAGGAGACAGACCAGCAGGAAUCCCUUCACAAGUUGCUGACGUCAGGGGGGCUGAGUGAGGAGAACUUCAGACAACAUUUUGUUCAUCUCAAAGCUAACGUCAUAGAGGCCAUCAAUGAACUCCUCACAGAGCUAGAUGGCACCACAGACAACAUCGCCAUGCAGGCCCUGGAGCACAUCCACUCCAACGAGGUCAUCAUGACUGUCGGCCGCUCACGCACCGUCGAGGCCUUCCUCAAAGACGCAGCGAGGAAACGCAAGUUCCACGUCAUCGUGGCUGAGUGUGCCCCCUUCUGCCAGGGUCAUGAAAUGGCUACUAAUCUCUCCAAAACGGGCAUCGAGACCACUGUAAUAGCCGACGCUGCCAUAUUUGCAGUGAUGUCCCGAGUGAAUAAGGUCAUCAUCGGAACACAGACCGUUCUGGCCAAUGGCGGGCUCAGGGCGGUCAAUGGAACCCACACUGUCGCUCUAGCAGCCAGGCACCACUCUACUCCGCUCAUCGUCUGCGCCCCCAUGUUCAAGCUCUCGCCUCAGUUUCCCAAUGAAGAAGACACAUUCCAUAAGUUUGUCUCUCCACAUGAGGUGCUUCCCUUCACAGAAGGAGAGAUUCUAUCCAAGGUGAACGUGCACUGCCCCGUGUUCGACUACGUUCCUCCUGAACUCAUCACUCUGUUCAUCUCUAACAUCGGUGGCAACGCUCCCUCCUACAUCUAUCGGCUGAUGAGUGAGCUCUACCACCCUGAGGACCACGACCUGUAAUGAAAUGCAGACAAUACUCAAUAAUAAUAAAAGGUUUAUGGCACGGA